GCUUCCAGCACUGUUCAAGUGGACGUAAAGUAUCCGCUGAAGUAUGAAAGUGCUACCUUCGGAUGUACCAUUUGCUUCCAGGAAUUUUCCCACGAGCAUGACUACAAUGCACACAUGAGCGUGCAUUUACAGCUUGCUGACUGCGAGGCUUCACGAACAUACCAGCCUCGUACAACUGCAAGCUCUGGCUGCCAACCCUCUCACUUCUCAGAGCACAAGUAUGCCGUUCAGAAGCUGUAUGACUCACGCCCCUCUGCAGAUUUGGCUCAAACUCUAGUCGCUAAUCCGCACGCGAGACUUGCGACAAAUAACGAACUGCCGCUAACUGAAGAAACCGACAGAAGCAAGAAACGAAAACUAGUGCAUGAAAUCAACGAAUUAGGAAUUAAAACAAACACCACUGUGAAUAAAUUAACAAAACGUGUGAAAAUUGAUAGAAAAUUUGUUGAAUCUAGAAAAUCUAUUAGCACUUGUGACAAUCAUUAUGUAACUGGCUCUAAAGAUUCCCAUAGUGGAAACAAAGCCACAGAAGAUAGGAGCAGUAAAACAAAAACUUCACUAGAAGCAACUGAAUGUACACUAUAUGGCAUUAAUGUACGUUCUACUGAGGGAAUAUGCUUUAAAUGCGACUUCUGUCAAAAGACGUUCAAACGGAAAAGUCUCUUAGUUGAACACAUAAAGUCACACAAGCUAUGUCAAGACAUAAGUGGAAGUAACCUCGAGCAAAUGAAAACGCAAACUUGUGAAGAAAGCCAUUAUUGUAAUUUAUGCGGGUAUAAAUGUUCCCAGGAUAGUGCGCUAGUGAGGCACAUGAGAACGCACACUGGCGAAAAGCCAUUUUCCUGUAAGAUGUGCGAGUAUAAAUGCGCGCACAAAAACAGUUUAGUGCUGCACAUGCUUGCACAUAAUGGCGUCAAGCCAUAUUCAUGUGAAAUAUGCAAAUAUCAGUGCUCACAAACAAGUGCACUGGUUUCGCACAGGAGAACGCACACCGGCGAAAAGCCCUAUUCUUGUGAGUUAUGCGAGUACAAAUGCGCGCACAACAGUAGCCUGGUGUUGCACACGCUCGCACACACUGGCGAGAAGCCAUAUUCCUGCACGGUAUGCGACUAUAAAUGUGCACAGAAUAAAUACUUAGUACAGCACAUGAGAAAACACACGGGCGAAAAACCCUACUCUUGUAAAUUGUGCGACUACAAAUGUGCGUACAGUAGUAGCCUGGUAUUGCACAUGGUAUCGCACACCAGUGAAAAGCCAUACUCGUGCAAGCUAUGCGACUAUAAAUGUGCUCUGAAUAAAAAUCUAGUCGCGCAUUUACGGACUCAUACAGGCGAAAGGCCACAUUCGUGCAUGUUGUGCGAGUAUAAAUGCGCGCAAAAAAGUGAUUUGGUGAAGCAUAUGAGAACUCACACCGGCGAAAAGCCUUAUUCGUGCCAGUUGUGCGAGUAUAAAAGUGCUAGGAAUACUCACCUGCAGCAGCACAUGAGAACGCACACUGGUGAAAAGCCUUUUUCAUGCAAGUUGUGCGAGUAUAAAUGCGCUAGGAAUACUCAUCUGCGACAGCACAUGAGAAAACAUACUAAUGAAAAGUCUAAUUUGUGCUAGUUGUGCGAGUGUAAAUGUGCCAGGAAUACUCGUCUGCCACAGCACAUGAGAGAACACUUAUGAAAAGCAUUAUUCGUGCAAGUUGUGCGAGUGUAAAUAUGCUCGAAAUAAUUACCUGCAGCAACACAUGACAACUCACACUAAUCAUAAGCAUUUUGUGUGCUAGUUGUGCAGGUAUAAAUAGGCAAGCUUCCAGACAUAUGCUGGUGUUCGUCAAGGAUGUAUACUGUCUCCACUCCUUUUCAACAAAUAUACGGAGUAUAUUAUGAGAAUCUUGGAGGAAUGUGACAAAGGGAUUUCAGUAGGAGGUUGGAAGAUAUCUAACUUAAAAUAUUCCGAUGACAGAACUCUUUCCGCUCAAACUAAAGAAGACUUGGUAUAUUUGCUGAUACGCCUAGAAAGAAUAAGCCUUUCUUUUGGGCUCAAUAGAGACAAAACCAAAAUAAUGUCGUGAGCCGAACUAAACCACGCUGACACGCAUGAUUGGCAACUGUGAUGUUGUCCAAAACUACGAGUACUUUGGCUCUACCAUCACUAACACGGGUGGGUGUGAAGAAUAGAUUCAAAGAGAUGUGCUAUAACAAGAUCUGCCGUUGAUAGGUUUAAAAAACUGUGCGAACGGUGCAACCGUAAUAUUACUAAGACUACGAAAGUCCGCCUAAUGAGAAUAGUCGUCUUCCCAAUAUUUCUGUAUAGCGCAGAAACAUGGACUGUUCGACAAAGACCGUCGCAAAAUCGAUGCACUCGAAAUGUGGUGCUGGCGGCGACUGUUGCAGACUGUUGCAGGACAGCUUUGCGGACUAACGUGUCGAUCCUGGAGGAACCGAAAGUCAAAGAGUCAUUAUCGUCGACUGUGCAGUUACGAAUCCUCAAGUUCUUUGGACAUAUUGCUAGCAAUAAACACUCGAUGGAACGACUCGAUCGACGAUCAUCGACAACCACGACCACUCUGUCAAGAGUGAAAGACUAAGGAGAAGAAAUAGGAAUACUCACCUACGGCAGCACAUGAGAGCAUACUUUAAUAAUGCCUUAUUCGUGCAUGUUGUGCGAUUGUAGCACAUAAGACACCAAUCAAAAUCAUUAUUCGUGUAAAUAUAAAUGUGCUAGGAAUAUGAAAAGCAUUAUUCGUGCAAGUUGUGCAAGUAUUAAUGUGCUAGGAAUAUGAAAAGCAUUAUUCGUGCAAGUUGUGCGAGUAUUAAUGUGCUAGGAAUACUCUCCUGCAGCAGCACAUGCUAACACGUACUAGCACUGUGUAACGCACCCAGUGAUAACGAAAACGUGGAUACAAGCUUUUUAAUCUGUGGUUAGAAGCAAUUCUGAUAUGUUAUAAAUAUGGAGGGUAGAGGUAAGGAGGAUCAUCUGUGUAUAUGAAAAAGUGUCGUCAAAAUGUAUUAAAUUAGGAUGGCGCCACAUUUGCAUCAAGGUAACUCUUAAAAGA